AUGGCUAUAGACCUGACGGUCGGACAGGUAUCUGGUAUCAUCGCUGCGGGAGCGGUAGUCGCGAAGCUCGUUCUACCCAACUUAUAUGUUUUCCUCUUCAUUGGGACCCUCCAAGAGCAGAACAAUGUGGCCACUACUACCGCUAUUUCGUGGUCGUCCAUCAGUCGUCUACUCCACUCCUCCCACUGGCCUACCAUCAUAGGCAGCGACUCCGCUGCUUUAAGUGGAGUUCCCUUUCGUGUCCUAUUCUUUCGAUAUACCGGCCUUCUGAGUACUAUACUCAUCUCCAUUGCGGCCAUUGUCACCCCUCUCGGCUUGUACGAAAUCGUUGUCCCUGGUGAUCCGGUAGCAGAGCAGUUUCACCACAUUCCGGACGGGGGUAUAUUUGGGGCGGGAACAUCGAGACGGAAUGAUAGCGUCAGUUGGAGUCGCGUUUGCGGUGGAUUGAGAGAGCCAUUUACCUGCCCGGAUCUAACGAGAGCGCCACCCGCAAGUAAUCGCUCCAUUGACAGACGCAUACCACAGGGGACAGUAGAUCUCUUUACAGGUGGACUUUCAGCCGACAGCAGCUCUAUAUCGAGUAUAUUUGAUAUCCAAUGGCGCUCUUGGUCGUGGAUGAGGUUACUUCCUAGCGAUCAGGGCAAUGCCAGCAACUCCUCACUGCCACGGGACCGGUCAUACAACGAACAAUAUCCUAUCGGGACAUACCGACAGGUGUCGACACUCAUACUCGAAGAUAGUUAUCAAGUCAUCGAGGGACUUAUAGUCGACACAAAAAAUGGAGGUGUUGGUUUUCGAAACCACAGCGCUCCAUCUUUGACCACGUAUGGAAGUACAUGGACAGAAGACCUUUUAUUUAUCCAACCUGUCUCGGCCUGCAUCGACACGAACCUAACAUUGGAUUAUCGGAUUCCGGAGAACGACAGACGCUCGUUAAAUAGUCGCACGCCCAUAACUGUCACCGAUAGAGGCGGGUUUUCCGAGCUGAACACAACUUACCCGGAAUGGAAUCUGGCGGAUGUGCAAUCGAAUCCCCAAUUAUGGGAGCGUGCGUAUCAAGCCGCCUGGUUGUCCAACGUUUUUGCCAUGGGCAAGUUCAAUAUCAGCAAUGUCACCCUGGGGAGUACUCCAGAUCAACCGCUCGUUUUGCACAUGGGAAUCUCGGUAGAAGGGAAUCGGACAUAUCAGCUCUCUCAAACGGAUCCCAAUGAUUGUUGGAUCGACCGCCAAAAUCCAGCCACUAUUGCACCUAACUCGUUUGGAUGCUAUGCUGUGAACAGCACUGGGGGACUGCCUGAUGAGGAUACGUUUGAAGCUGCUCCACGGUUAAUCAAAACCUUGUGUGAAGGAGGUGACUUUGAAUCCAGUCGUGGAACCAUCGGAAAUAUUGCCACAUAUUGUACACUCGUGCUGGGGUCGUCGUUGCGGUCUGAUGGGGCUGAAGAGAACUGGCCCUUCCACACCGCCGACUCAGCCUGGUCCAAGCCAAUGUAUUCGUGCGCCAUGGCCGUGGAGGCGACUAUCAAGACCGCCACCUUCAGCUACAAUACAACUGACGACCUUGCGGGACUUAGAGUCGUGAAUAUCACAGAUAAGUUCUACCAGAGUGAGACGGAUUACCCCGUCUGGGGCGUCGAGAAUUUGUCGGAGAUAGGUGAUUUCUGGAUGAUGCCAUUGUGGGGAAUUAUGUCCUCUGAUUCUGCGGCAAACUACUCGCCCAAUGACCUCAAAACAGUGCACAAACCCUCUCUCUAUCUGCCACGUAUAGGCAGUUUUCCCCGUUCAAGUGGCGUCACCACGGAAAGUCAUCAAAAUCUGCCGGGCGCCGAGUUCGCUGACAACGGGCUCAGCGCCGUAAGUUCUAUGGCAAGCAGCACCUUGGGUUUGAUGGACUAUACAGGUGAAGGAAAUCUUGCCCUGGCGCAGCUGUGGAGUAGACUUUCAGAGUCCGCCGACUCAAUGGCUAGGGUCUUGAAUCUAGUCUGGACAGACUACGCCGCGAACGCGGUCGUCGGGACAAAGGGGAGCCCAGGACAGGGUCCCGGAAAUGACAUACUCCGGCCUGUGACGACUUACCGGGUGGGGAUACGUUACCAUCUCGAGUAUGCCAUCCCCGGGAUCAUCGUACUGGGGCUUCUGAUUCUCACCUCAGUUCUGGAUCUUGUUGCCAUUGUGCUUGGUCGUGCAACACUCUCCAAGAUGAAACGGUAUCUGAAUGCUACCUCUGUUGGGCGAGUUAUGGUAUCAGCACUGCGUCCCACGCACGCGACUACCAGGAAUGUCGAUAAUGAUACGCCGACUAUUGAGUGGCUCGAAACCGAGGGACGGAUGAUCAUCAGUACAGGGAAGGCGAUGCAAAUGUCGAGGCUCGAGCCGGGUUUCGGAGAGGUGGAGAGUCAGAACCCGCUGUAG